GUUACCUUUUAACUAUAUUGCUUUUAUAUUAUAUGGUAUAGCUCCUCUUGGCUCUAUAAAGCUGACAAAGCUAACUAGCUACUUAAUUGAUUCUUCACAAUACACUUCAUCAAACUUAAAAAAAAUAAAAAUAAAAAAAAUUGAAAGUAUGCUAAAAAGUAAAAACACCUUGUCUGCUUUGAGUUACCAUACACACUAGAGUAUCAAUAUAACACACAUCUCAAAACCAAUUAAAUUACUUUCACAUUAUCCAACCCCAAAAACAAAACCUAACUAUACAUUUCUUCUUUCAGUACUAUAUAAAGUUUGGGUCCAUACAAAUUGGUCUUGAAGAUUAAAAUGAACAGAAAUAAAGGUUUUGAUGGUGAGUUAGGUGGGUUUGACUUUGAAUAUGGAUAUUAUGAUGAUGAGAUUCAGAGUCUUCUAAAUUUUCCUUCUCAACCUUGUGAUCUAGAUCAUCAACAGUUUAAUAAGAGUGGUAAAAGUUCAGAAGAGAAAAGAAGUAAGGCUACAUUGUCAACUACUACUAGUCAUGAAAACAACAAUAGGGAACUUAAAAGGGAAGAAGAGCUCACUAUGAUCAGUAGUCACAGCCUUUCUGAAAGAUUGAGAAGACAAAAGAUAAAUGAGAGGAUGAAGUUUCUGCAAGAUCUUGUUCCAGGAUGCAAUAAGAUCACUGGCAAGGCAUUAAUGCUUGAUGAGAUUAUCAACUAUGUCCAGUCAUUACAACGACAAGUAGAGUUUCUGUCUAUGAAACUUGCCACUUACUCGGAGAUGGAAGUGUUGCUUUUAUCAGAAGAACAUCAUGUAAGUUACACAAAUAUUCAUUAUAGUUGACCCAAAAGAGAUAUAUAU